AAUGUAAGGAUCAAGAAGGCAUCCAGAACUUGAUAAUAUGCCUGACUUUUUAUUCGAAAGUAAAAGUAUAUUAAUUUCAAGAUACUCUAAUAUUAUCUGAUCCAAGAGAGGAAAAUUGUUAUUCUACUAUAAAAGAUUAUUGUUGUCCAAAUUUUAAUUUAAUGUCAUUUACAGCUAUAAUUUCAUUGAUUCAAUUGUCUAUAUUUAUUGUUAUGUGUUUUUUGGGGGAUUUUAAUCUUUAGAAAACAAUUUUGUGUAUUGUAUUUAAAUAUUAUUUACUAAAGAGUUCUCAGAUGAAACACUUGAAACUUUUGGGAGAUGUUCAGCUUAUAAUUUGAAAUAUAAAUUAGAGUUUUAUAGACUAAUAACAUGUCUAUUCAUUUUUAAUAAUGUUAAAGAUUUAUGUGGAUAAUUAUUAUUAUAAGUGAUUGUUGUUUCAAUGGUGGAGAAGUUUAUUGAUAAAAAAACUACUUUCUUUUUUUAUUUAACAACUGGAAUUGCAGGAUCAAUUACAUUCAUUGUUUUUUAUGAUUAAAAUAUUGAAGGAAAUUCAUUUUGUGUUUUUGGAAUGGUUGGCUUAAUGUUUGGUUUUAUAAUUUAAAAUUCAUAAUAAGUAUUUAAAAUUAAUAUAUAAAAAAAAGGAUGAGGCAAGAUAAGUAAUCAUGCAAGUAACAAUUUUUAUAUUAAUUAUUGGAAUUAUUGGGUUUUUUUAUAAAAAUUCAUUAAUCUUUGGAAUUUAUGGAAGUUUCUUAAUUGGAAUUAUAAUUGGAUUGAUUUAACCAACAUAAAAUAGAAUCUUUUAAAGAACUAAAAUGAAAUUUGUUGGAAUAGGAGUAAUUUUCAUGUAUUUUACUGGAUUUAUAUAUAUUUUUUUUUCUUUCAGGAUGCCAUCACGUCCAAUUGAAUAACAAUGA